CAAAAUGAUGAUAAUUUUGUUAUCGGCUGGACGUUUUAGUUUUGCGGCUGAUUCAGCUUUCCAGAUUAUAAAGUUUUAUUCAGAAAAAUUUAUGUGCAAUAAAAAUAAAAAAAUCGGAAAUGGUUGAAAGGUUUACUUUUGGAGGUUCGCUUGCUCCCAUUACAUGCCACGCCUGGAAUAAGGAUAAAACUCAAAUCGCUCUUUCACCUAAUAAUAAUGAGAUUCACAUCUACAGGCGCGAUGGUAUGGAUUGGAAAUCUAUUGACGUUUUAAAACAGCAUGACUUGCGGGUAAUGGGUAUUGAUUGGGCCAAGAAUACCAAUCGCAUCGUAACUUGCGGUGCUGAUCGAAAUGCGUAUGUAUGGCAACAGGGCGAUGACGGUAAAUGGAAGCCUACCUUGGUAUUGUUACGCAUUAAUAGAGCAGCUACAUGCGUUAAGUGGUCACCUGCUGAAAACAAAUUUGCCGUUGGCUCGGGUGCUCGUCUUAUUUCUGUAUGUUAUUUUGAGUCUGAGAAUGAUUGGUGGGUCUCAAAACAUAUUAAGAAGCCAAUACGCUCUACAGUUACAUCACUCGAUUGGCAUCCUAAUAAUAUUCUAUUGGUAGCUGGCUCAACAGAUUAUAAAGUUCGUGUAUUUUCCGCUUAUAUUAAGGAUAUUGAAGACCAGCCAACUCCAACUCCGUGGGGAAGCCGUAUGCCAUUGGGCAAUUUAAUGGCUGAAUUUAAGAAUUCUGCAAAUUCCAAUGGUGGUUGGAUUAACAAUGUUAGCUUUUCGAGCGAUGGCAACAAAAUUUGCUGGGUUGGACAUGAUAGUUGCAUUAACGUCGCUGAUGCCACCAAUGGUAACAAUGUGUUGCGCUACAAAACAGAAUAUCUACCAUUUUUGGCUUGCGAAUGGAUAUCUCCUAAUACAGUGGUUGUUGCUGGCCAUAGUUGUGUUCCAUUGAUUUACGGUUUGCACAAUAAUAAGCUCAUUUUUAUCAAUAAACUGGAUAAAUCGCAAAAGAAGGAGUCGAUCGGAAUAUCUGCAAUGCGCAUCUUUCAAUCACUUGAUCGUAAUUUGCGCACCGAGAAUUCUGAUAUACUAGUGGAUACGAUUCACCAAAAUGCUAUUACAUGCAUACGUAUGUAUGCGGGCAAUAAAGCGCAUGGUACGCGUGUUAGUACCUCUGGAAUUGAUGGCCAAUUAAUCAUUUGGGAUAUCGAUACCAACUUAAUCAAUUCCAUGAAAAACUUGAGAAUUUAAUAAAAAGAAGUAUUACAGGUUUUUUUGUUUUUUUUUUUUUUUUUUUUUUUUUGCAAAUCUGCUAU